UCCGCAGCCUACUGGAAUGCCACUCGAGCCUUCAUGAUCCUCUCUGCCAUGUCAUGCUUUGCUGGCAUCAUCGCAGGAAUCCUUUCCCUCAUCCACUUCUCAGCCUUCGAGAGGUUCAGUCGCUCCUUUGCUGCUGGGAUCAUGUUCUUUGUUUCGACUCUCUUUGUUCUGCUUGCAAUGGCCAUUUACACCGGCGUGACCGUGAACUUCCUGGGCAAGCGCUUUGGCGACUGGCGCUUCUCAUGGUCCUACAUACUAGGCUGGGUGGCUCUGCUCAUGACCUUCUUUGCAGGUAUAUUCUACAUGUGUGCCUACAGAAUGCAUGAGUGCAGGAGAGUGGCAGGCCCUCGUUAAACAGGAAAUAAUGUGCAAAGGCUGCAAAGGAUAUCAAUUCCCCUCUGAAAAAUUGGAGAAUAGUUUUCUGUAAAAUAAUAAAAAUUGGAAAUGUGCAUAUGCAUAGACCAUGUGUUGUUUAUUAUUGAAUUAUUUGUAAUUUUUGAUCUGAAAGCAUAUCAAACAGUUUUAUAAAUGAACAUACAUGUUAAAGUUUAUAAUAUUCAAUAUAUCAUGAUAA